AUGUGGGUCACGACGCUGCUCGUCGGUGACGUGUACGAAGUCGCUGAGCGACAAAACACAGGCAUCCGAAUCAGUUUCGGUGGUGUCAGAUUGAACCCGCUGAACCUUGCAACGAAGACCUCGCAAGGGAAAUGGGUUUACAUUUCAGCCACUUCAGCCAAGUGGAGCGCGAUAUACUUCUUCGAGCUCGCGCGGCUGUUGUUUCAGCGCACGCCGUCGGAGAGCGAAGCCUCGUUUUCGUCGACGGAAGGCGAGGCGGCCAGUCAGCCAAGCGACGUCGUCGGUGAAGAGCUUCAUUCGCGACUCACCCGUACUGACUGGUGCGACUGCGAACAUUGCGUAGUACUCGACAACUUCAGCGAGGAGGAGUGCCUCUGCUGUCGAGAGAUGGGAGACCCUGUCACUGCUGCGCAGCCUGAAGAAUGCGUCACAGAGAACCCGGAGUUCCACCUCGUGUCUAAACAUCGCUGUGCUCCGUACUUCGAACAGUUUGUUGACCAUGAUCAACUGCACCCAGUUUCUAGAUUUUAAACUGCAUUUCACCGACACCCUCAUUUGCUGGUCGUACAACUCAAGGUCUACCGAAUUACAAUUGGUCUGUCGAAUUACAAGAGCGCAAACAACAAACUUAUGAAGCAAGGCAUCAUUAGCUUCCUCUCAGCCUUGCAGAAAUCCUGUGCACACAGAGCUGUAGCCA